UGACUUUCAAAACGUAUUUUCCUGUAGCAGCGACCGUAACUCUUGCUUUGUCCUAGAUUAGUAGUAGUAGCUAUCUUGGAAUGACCUUGAUUGCUCCAGUAGCCGCAACGGCUCGAUCCCUCUCCAACUUAGUGAAAUUGAUGACAAGCAAGCCACCCACGGAACUGCAGAUAGCUGGGAGAUGCCUUGUACAUAAUACCGGUACCUGGUACCAGCUCUUGAUCUGCGUUGUGGUCCUGGAAAAACCAUGGCUGACUGCAAUUGCUUGAUGUAACUAUCUGCGGUACCGGUAGCUGGGAGAUGUCUUGCAUGCACACCUACUCCGGUACCGUACUGCCGGCACCUUAGGGUGGAACCACUUGCUCGAAUGAAAGGAGAGGCCACCUAGCCAUCGCCAGAUAAUAUUUCUUCUCUCUCAAGUUGCCGCCAAGAUCUCCUGUGGUAUAGCGACGAAACUCUUUCGUCCUCCGAUAUCGAGGCUGGAAGACCAAGAUGUAGAGUCGUCACUGCUCUACCGGCUUUACAAUUGGAUCCUUGGUGUCAACUGACGUCAGUGUCGCGAUCUUUUCAAAAGGAGAGCCCAUGGCAUUGCUGUUGCCCGCGAGGAACGGCAUUUUUUAGUAUUCGUGCCGUUGAUAUCCACUGUACAUUGUGCAGUGAUAGAACCGUCUACCUAAUUGAAGCUACCGUAUCUAUUGAGUAGAGUUACACCCCAUCAUCCUUUAUUGAUCGUUCCAAAAGAAGCGAAAAACUUUGCAAGUUUGCAAGCUAAGAUGGUACCCUUGUUGGGCUUGUUCCGGCUUUCAGUCGUCGGUCUGAUGGCAGUGCUCAUGAUGAUGAUGGGCUCGUUCCAUCAUAUUCAUCCUGUGGCUGCCUUUGUGAUUCCCCACUCGACGCUUAAUACACGUCACCAGCUUGGUGGUCCACUCAAUCAACUAGAUCCCUUCCAACAACAGCAGCAGAAGACAAAGAGAAAGAUGGAACUUUUGUUUCCCUUGUAUUCCAGCAAUCCAAAUUCUACCGACACCACCUCCACCUCCACUUCUGAUAGUCCUCCUGCUUCACAGCUGGAGUCCAUUAUUAUGAAUGCCAAAUCCCUCAAUCCCAUUCGAAAAUUGACUUCUUCCAAAACGAAGGACAGCAGCAGUGAUGAAGAAACACCAUCCGAUUGGAAGACUUCUCUCGCGACAUUCAGUCAAGCCAGUAUUGCCGGAUUGUCCGUCGCAUUGGCCAUGGUCCCGGAAGCGGUGGCAUUUUCCUUUGUGGCAGGUGUCAAUCCAUUGGUGGGAUUGUGGACCACCGUCGCCCUUGGGUUUACCGCAGCCGCAUUGGGAGGACGGGCCGGUAUUUGUUCCUCCGCCAGUGGCGCGUGUGCCGUCGUUGUGGCUGGAUUAUGUGCACGGCAUGGACCCGCGUAUUUGAGUGUGUGUGCCAUAAUGGCGGGUCUCUUGCAAAUUACGGGAGGAUUGCUGGGGUUGGGCAAAUUCAUUCGAUUGGUGCCACACAGUGUCAUGUUGGGAUUUGUCAAUGGUCUGGCACUGGUCAUGACCAAGGCGCAGUUGGUGCAUUUUCAGGGUAUGAAUCCCUUUCAGAGUGCGGCCGGACAAGCCAUGUAUGGGAUUACGGCGUUGACCAUGAUACUCGUGAAACUAUUGCCACGCGUACUACCGUUUGUGCCACCCACAUUGGGAGCUGUGGCCAUUUCUACGUUGGUGGCCAAACUGGCCAAGUUACCCGUCAAGACAUUGGCCGAUGUAGCCGGUGCUAGUACAUUCAAGGGUGGAUGGUCCGUUGUGCCACAAUUUGCCUGGUGGCCGCCCAAAGGUGUCCCAUUCAGUUUGGAAACGCUCAAAAUUGUCUUUCCGGUAGCCGCCACCAUGGCUGCCGUGGGAUGCAUUGAAAGUUUACUCACGAUGCAACUACUCGAUGGUAUGGUCGAUGAUGGCAAGCGGGGGAGUACACGCAAGGAAUGUGUCGGUCAGGGUGCCGGAAAUGUCAUGGCCGGACUUUUUGGAGGCAUCGGUGGAUGUGCCCUACUGGGACAAUCCAUUAUCAAUGUCCAAUCCGGUGGUGGUGUCAGUCGGUGGAGUGGCAUGAGCAUGGCACUGUUUUUGGGGAUUGGGAUUGUGGCAGCCGCUCCCUUGUUGGGGGCUGUUCCCGUGGCAUCCCUCGUCGGUGUCAUGUUGCUCGUGUGUCAAUCCACGUUUUCCUGGUCGUCGCUCCGAUUGCUGCGCAAAAUCCCAGUGUUGGAUGUGGCUGUCAUUGCCUUGGUCAGUGUCGUUACGGUACAACGGGAUUUGGCACAAGCCGUCUUGGCAGGGACCAUUGCUUCGGCAUUGGGAUUUGCAUGGAAACAAUCGACACGGCUCACGGCCACGUCGGAAACCAACAAGGCGGGCGAAGAAAAAUACUAUCGGUUACAGGGACCCCUCUUUUUCGGAUCGACGCAACAAUUCCAAUCGCUGUUUGAUUGCCAGAAUGAUCCAAAACGUAUCAUUCUCGAUUUUGCCGAUAGUCGGGUCAUGGAUCAUUCGGCGCUCGAGGCAAUUCACAGUUUGGCCGAUGCCUAUGGAAGUGUUGACAAGACUGUCACGUUACGACGAUUGUCCCCCGAUUGUGCCAAACUAUUGGCACGCAUGUAUCGAUCGGGGAAACUGCCGCCCUAUGAAAUUGUGGAAUCGGAUCCCAAUACAGACCCCGAAUACGGUUUGGCAGUCAACUACAAUCAGUAA